CCGCGCUCCUCCCGGGGUCCCUCCGGGACUUAACUGUAUCAGGGAGGGGCUCCGGAGCAGCGGCAGGCGAGUUAAAGUAUGCUGGGAGCCGUGAAGAUGGAAGGGCACGAGCCGUCCGACUGGAGCAGCUACUACGCGGAGCCCGAGGGUUACUCGUCGGUGAGCAACAUGAACGCCGGCUUGGGGAUGAAUAGCAUGAACACCUACAUGAGCAUGUCGGCGGCCGCUAUGGGCAGCGGCUCGGGCAACAUGAGCGCGGGUUCCAUGAACAUGUCGUCGUACGUGGGCGCGGGCAUGAGCCCCUCGCUGGCCGGCAUGUCCCCGGGCGCGGGCGCCAUGGCGGGCAUGGGCGGCUCGGCGGGGGCGGCUGGCGUGGCAGGUAUGGGACCACACCUGAGUCCGAGCCUGAGCCCACUCGGGGGACAGGCGGCGGGGGCCAUGGGUGGCUUGGCCCCCUAUGCCAAUAUGAACUCGAUGAGCCCCAUGUAUGGGCAGGCGGGCCUGAGUCGCGCGAGGGACCCCAAGACGUACCGGCGCAGCUACACCCACGCCAAGCCGCCCUACUCGUACAUCUCGCUCAUCACCAUGGCCAUCCAGCAGAGCCCCAACAAGAUGCUGACGCUGAGCGAGAUCUACCAGUGGAUCAUGGAUCUCUUCCCCUUCUACCGGCAGAACCAGCAGCGCUGGCAGAACUCCAUCCGCCACUCGCUCUCCUUCAACGACUGCUUCCUCAAGGUGCCGCGCUCGCCCGACAAGCCCGGCAAGGGCUCCUUCUGGACCCUGCAUCCCGACUCGGGCAACAUGUUCGAGAACGGCUGCUACCUGCGCCGCCAGAAGCGCUUCAAGUGCGAGAAGCAGCUGGCGCUCAAGGAAGCCGCGGGCCCCGGGGGAGGCGGCAAGAAAGCGGCGGGCGGCACCCAGGUCUCGCAGGCUCAGCUCGGGGAGGCCUCGGGCUCGGCCUCCGAGACUCCGGCGGGCACCGAAUCGCCUCACUCGAGCGCAUCGCCGUGCCAGGAGCACAAGCGAGGCGGCCUGGGGGAGCUGAAGGGAACGCCCGCCGCGGCGCUGAGUCCCCCGGAGCCCGCGCCCUCGCCCGGGCAGCAGCAGCAGCAGGCGGCGGCCCAUCUGCUGGGCCCGCCUCACCACCCGGGCCUGCCACCCGAGGCCCACCUGAAGCCCGAGCACCACUACGCCUUCAACCACCCGUUCUCCAUCAACAACCUCAUGUCCUCGGAGCAACAACACCACCACAGCCACCAUCACCACCAGCCCCACAAAAUGGACCUUAAGGCCUAUGAACAGGUCAUGCAUUACCCCGGCUACGGUUCCCCCAUGCCGGGCAGCUUGGCCAUGGGCCCGGUCACGAACAAAGCGAGUCUGGACGCCUCACCCUUGGCCGCAGACACCUCCUACUACCAGGGGGUGUACUCCCGGCCCAUUAUGAACUCCUCUUAAGAAGCGAGCUGCCUCGGGUCCAGCCAGCUGUGGCCGCCCGGCGUAAGGACGAGAGAGGGGAGACUGGGGAGACUG